AUGUUCAGUUAUAAAAUUAGUAGCGGCGCUCGCGGCGACGACCUGAUCUACUCCAUAAGCGUGAGCUCGUUGGGGUUAUAUCCCGCAGAUCCCGGGCACAUCCCGGAUCCAGCCCGAUUGAGCCGUCCCGCAAUCAAUACGCCCCCGGCUGACCCGCCGGUGUGGUUCCAAAACCGUCGAGCAAAAUGGCGCAAGACUGAAAAGUGCUGGGGCCGGUCCACCAUAAUGGCGGAGUACGGGUUGUACGGCGCCAUGGUGCGCCACUCGCUGCCGCUGCCCGAGACCAUACUCAAGAGCGCUAAGGAGAACGACUCCGUCGCGCCCUGGCUGUUGGGUGAGUAUACACAUCUGGAAAUAUAUCAUAACAAAGUUAAAAUCAUGGUCCGAUUACUCUAGUCGAUGACAUCCGCGUGCAGCGAUAUCUGUGGUUCGUUUUCAUUGGUCGGUCAUUGUUUUAUUGACUAAUGAGUUCCGCCUGCCGUCCUGCUGUUCGUUGUAACUGAACAAUCUAAUAUUCUCUUUAUUACAAUUCAAUUUGCUUUAAAUGUACAACAGUUUUCAAUACGCCAAUUCUCACAUCAUCGGUCAAAGCAAAGUCUGGCAAACUAA